UAGGGAAAACUAGCUGCUGUAAUGUCUGAGAAGGGAGGGUGUGUUACAUCCACCUGUGUGACAAACGGCUCCCUGUGUUUGAUAGAAGUUUACUCUGCGGAUAUAUUAGCUGUACAGAAAGGAGGGCUCGCUGUUUUGAGCUUUAACACAGGGGACUGAGCGAUAUAUCUGUGCUGCAGGUAACGUUACAGCUGCUGUCGACGGCGCACUUUGGGAAUGUCAGUCAGAGCUUGUUUGGCACUUUGGGAAACGUUGGCUAAUAUUUCCUGUUGGUGAAAACUAGUCAGAACAGUUUUCUCCUCCGAGUUCGACUGGGAUGCAAAAUAGGCUUUGACAAAGCGUGCAAAGAUGAGCGUGACCUCUUGGUUCCUGGUGAGCAGCUCGGGCACGCGCCACCGUCUGCCUCGGGAGAUGAUCUUUGUUGGCAGAGAGGACUGCGAGCUGAUGCUGCAGUCUCGCAGUGUGGACAAACAGCAUGCUGUGAUCAAUUAUGAUGCUGCCACAGAUGAACACCUCGUCAAAGACUUGGGCAGCCUGAAUGGGACUUUUGUGAAUGACCUCCGUAUCCCUGACCAGACCUACAUCACCCUGAAGCUUUCUGACGUUGUUCGCUUUGGAUAUGAUACUCACGUUUACAUCAUGGAGCGGAGUCAACACAAGGUUCCAGAGGAAGCCCUUAAGCAUGAGAAGUACACCAGUCAGCUGCAGAUGGGACUGAAGGCUCUGGAAGCAAAGAAGAGAGAACAGGCAGAGGAGAAGAGCUGUAAACCCACAGAAUUAUCUCACUCCAAGCAGGACAAGAGUGAGAGCAAAUCCACCACAGCUGCAGAGCCUCCAGCCUCCAAGCCCACUCCUUUGUAUGGCCAACCUUCAUGGUGGGGUGAUGCUGAUGAGGAGAAUAAGGGUCAGCAGAGGGAACCAAAUGCAGGAAAUCAAAAGGAAGACUCCAAAAAUGAGGUCAAUGGCUCCACCUCUGAACAUCAAGAUGGCCAACCUGAAGGCAAACCUGUUUACCCCUACCGAAAGGAUGCAGGUUACUUUGAGAUCCCCACUAAAGAGUUGCAUUCGAGGCCCAAAACUGCAGAGCCAGAGGUUCAGGUGAUCCCCACAAAAGACACAGACAAUCGGACCGCUUCUACACCCCCUGUAGUGCAGAGUCAUGCCUCUUUCACCAUUGAGUUUGAUGAGUGCACUCCUGGAAAGAUCAAAAUCAAAGACCAUGUUACAAAGUUCUCAUUCCGCCAACGCAAGACCCCCAGCAAGGAGUCCGUUUUCACACCAACAGAGGUGAUGUCGGCAGAGAGCAAAGUGGCUGAUUGGCUAGUACAGAGUGAUGCAAGCAUGGCAAGGAGGAAGUCUAGAACAGAAGAUCUUUAUAGCACGAAGAGUGACCUUUCUAUAAACAGAACGAUUCUGAAAGAUGGACAUCAUCAUGAGGAUGGCACACAGUGUGACUCUGAAGAUCCUGCCACAAAACCUCCAGACGUUUCAAAGUCCGACCUGUCACCUCCACGACUUUUCACUCCACCAGAGAGAGAAGAACCUCCCGCCAGCUCAACACCACACUCUCAAAGUCAAGGCAGACAGGAACCCCAGCAAGCUUUUGUCAUUGAGUUCUUUGAUGACGUUGCACGCAAGAAACGUUCACAGUCCUUUACUAAUAACAUUUCUCCUCCAGAGUCCCAUGAGCCCCUCAAAAACAGAAUGGAGAAGAUGAAAAGUCCCUCCCAGACUGGAGAGAAGUCAACCCCCAGUCAACAGUUUACUGUUCCCCUUAAAGAUUCUGGUGGUUUCCAGAGAGCUGGAUCUCUGAGAAGGGAGAAAACUGACGUUCGUAUGAGUUCCUCUAACUUUUCUUCUCGUUCAGCUUCUUCAAAAGCAUUUAAUAGUGUUGGCCGCAGGUCCAAACUGGCCCAGGACUUUGCAGCUGAGUUUCUCAGGGCGUCAAAAUCCAUUUCCACUGCCACCUGGGAGAAGCCCACUUCCUCUACAUCCUCAUCAGCUUCCAACACAGUAUCCAUGGUAACAAAUAAUUCUUCAACUCAGUCUCAACCCCCUGUUCCUAUUCCUAUUCAGACUCAGGUUUCAUCACCGUCCCAUCAGCAAGUGCCCUCCAAAUCUCUGCUCACACCCACACCAGCCAAUUGCACAGAUGUCAAGAACACUAAAGGUUCCAGGCAAGAAGAAGAAGACAGCUUGAGUGAUGCUGGUACCUACACCAUUGAAACAGAGGGACCUGAUAAAGAGGUGGAGGAGGCACGUAACAAGAUUGAUCAGGUGUUUGGUGUUGGCGAGUGCCCUGAGCACAACAGUCAGUCUUCAGCAGCAACAGUGUAUAGACCUGUAGGUCGUGACAGGGAGGGCCAGGAUAGCCUUCCACUUAGUGAGAGUAGUCCUGGCCCAGUACUGGGCCAUUAUCCAGGCUUUAGUGACCCUUCCAUGGGUCCAGCACAGGUAGAGUCAAUGGUCUUAACUACUGGCAACACCAGAUGGGUCUCUCGCUGGGCUAGUUUGGCUGACAACUAUUCAGACUCAGGUUCAGUGUCAGGACUCUUUGACAUCCCAGCACAGAUGGAUCUUUCAGCAGAUGGACGAAUCAUCCAUCAGACGAUGCUAAAUCGAAACACUGUCAGCACAGAAUCAGAGAGUGGGCAGAAUUCUCGGGGACGGCGAAUUCUACCUCAGCUGCCCUCCAUGGAGAAGACAGAAACUCCACCGCCCAGCAUUCACGUUCGAUCUGACUCUUACCUGAACUAUGAGGGCAUGGAAAGGAACAUACGUGGUUCACAGCAGAAAGAAGACCUGCAGAAACUGUAUGUCCCGGAUGAUCUGGAACCAGACAGUCUGAGUGAUGCCAGCAAGUCCGAUGAUGGCUCCAUUGUGGAGCAGGGUAGAAAAACCAGUGCUGCAAGACCAGAGAAGACUGGGCCAGAGGUUAAAAGUCAGACAUCAUCUAAACAUGAAGCUCUCGCUUCUGGUGCAGCCAAGAUGGUAAAGGACCAAGAUUCUACCCCGAAGUUCUCAACAGCCACUAUAACUAGACAGCAUGGCAACAAACCCAACCUUGCUCUCCCUAAUAGAGAUGCUUCUCAGUGUGAGGAAAACCCUGUAUCCCUCAUCAGGCAAGAGAGUUUUACUAAGGAUAGGUCCAGUGAUGACAUCCAUUUUACGAGAUUGCCCCAUAUCUCAAGUCCAUCGUCCAGCGAUGAUAAAAAUGCAUUCAAAGGUGUGUGCAGCCAAGACACUCAGUCUUACCUCAAAGAGACAGAGAAUGUUCUUGCAUCUUUGGAAGCCAGGCUUCAAGUGCAGAAGCGUGACAGUGGCUCCUGCCCUCUGGAGGACUCACUUUCUGGGGAAUCAGAUGUGGACACGUCCAGUACAGUCAGUCAACGUAGUGGUAGAAAUGCUGUCACUUCUGCCCCUAAGAAGCCAGUGAUCCUCAGUGAACUCUUGAAAGAGAGAAAAGCAGCCAGCCAGCAUGCUCAAGAACAAAACCGCUUUCAGUCAUCUGGUGAUCCUCUUUCUCAGGCAUCCAGGUCCAGUCAAGCCGACAAUGAUCGUAAGGGGGAAUCAGAUAAGUGCUUUCAGUUACGUCGUAGUUCAGGAAAACAUGGAUCUCUGGACUUUGGCAAUGAGCCUCAGAGCUCCACUAUCCGUCAGUGGCCUGAAACUGUUUCAGACCAGGAGUCCAACUCGCGUCCUACUCAGAGAAAGUUCACCAUCCCCCUUCAGAAAGACAACUCAAGCAAGUCCACAAAAGGUACAGUAGCCCAAGCCCUGGCCCGCUCUAACAGCCUUUCUGCACCAAGGCCUACAAGGACCUCCAUGCUCCGCCGUGCCCGCCUAGGCGAAGCAUCUGACAAUGAUGGCACUGAGACUGAUCGAACAUCUCAGAAUUCAGAUGCCAACCCUUCAACCACCAGACCCCAAGACAGCAAGAAGCUUUCCCGCUUGGACAUCUUGGCUCUACCAAGAAAGAGGGCUGGUUCUUUCACUACACCCAGUGACACAGAGUCCUCUGCAGGCAAGACAGGCUUUUCCAACCGCAGCUCAGAGUCUGGUUUCUCAGCACGGAAGGCUUCAGUGUCUGACCCCAAGACUGGUGCACAGAAGGGUUCAGGGGGAUUAGCCAGACAGCCAAUCAUCCGUGGCCGCUCAAGCAGUGCAAAGUAUGCUAGCAGCACAGCUAGCUCCAGGAGACGUCAGAAGGGCUCAGACUACACCUCCACUUCAGAGGAGGAAUACGAGUCUAACCAAAGCACUCCUAAACAUAAACGAUCCCACCAUUCAGGAGCUUUACACGCAAGAACCCAGAAUCUUCUGCCAGUGCGACCUAUCUCAAGGACCAGAGACUCUGAGGGGGAGGGACAUGAGAGUGAUGCCUUCCAGAGCUGGACAACACACAGUGCUGAAAUUGCAAGGUUGAGUCAGGACCUGGCUAAAGACUUGGCCAUACUGGCUCGAGAGAUUCAUGAUGUUGCUGGAGAUGCUGAGCCUCAGAAUUCUGCUUCUGCUGAUACUGUGGAACCAGUGUCUGCUAUAUCCACCUGUGAAGAGUUGCGGCAUCAGAUUCCUGAGACCAGCCUUAAUUACCCUAAAGUUCCACCAAUUUCAGCUGUGGUCAGAAACUCUGACCAGAUUAUUAAUGAUCAAAGCCUCAAGCAGUGCAGUUGGAACCAGGAACAGGUUGCUCUGGAUAAUGGGAUGCUGAAUCCUGUCUCCCAGCUUUCUGUGGCUAUCCGAGAAAACACAGAACAACUGACUGAAAAAAUCAAGCUAUUAUUCCAUAAUAAGAUAAAAGUCUGGGAGGAGAUUGAGGCAAAGAUAAAUGCAGCAGAUGAUCCUCCACCUUUGGAUACUCCCAACAAGGAAAUAAUGGCUAUUCUCCAGGACCUUAGAGGGAUACAGAAACGGUUGGAAGUCAUCAACAGAAUUCUUGAACCCAGCGGAAACCCAGAUGUGGCCCAAUCACCAGCCACUGGAGGCCAGUCUACAGCUGGACUGAGGAGCUUCAGAGUUUCUCCUAGAGACUGGAGAACCACUUCGUCCCAGCGCGGUGGUGGCCCCUCAGCCAGCAGUCGAAGGUUUGGUAGGGGGUCAGAGGGGGAAAGUUUUGUUGUAUGAGAAUGAUUUAAGUCCUCCCUCUCCUCCUGUCUACAUGCCAUGUCCACUAAAGCUGCUCAUUUGAACAGUCAUUGGUGACUAAUGUAAGAACAUUCAGUCACCAGUGUCAGAGCGUGCACAUUUAGUUACUUGAUUAACCUUCAAUGGCUUUUUUUCAAGGUUUGGUGUUGAUGGGUCCAUUUGCACUAAGGUGUGUGUUUGUUGCACCAGAAAAAAAACUGUCACACAACACUAAGUACUUAAGGGUACAAAGCUGGUUUGCAUUGUUGAAAACAAUGUGUAAAGUGAGCUUUUGAGGCUGUGCAUCACUGGGAGAAAUGAUACAGCCUUUUUUUUUUUGACCUAUUAGAUUUAUUCCUUACAUGGAAUAGAAACUAUUUGUGAUGACACUGUAUUUGAGUUUCAUUUUUGUUAUCAUUUUGGUCUUGAUUGAUUUGAGGAGGUAAAUUAAUUUACAGAAAUAUUUAACUUUAUUCAGGGUAUUUUAUAUGCUGAGGAUCAUUAAAGAAUGUGUUAAAUAGAUGUAUUUCUUUUUCAUUAUUGCCACAGUCACAAAUAGUGAAGUAUGCACUUUGAUUUCUUUGAUGUUUUCAAGUGAGUUUUUUUUUUUUAUUUGCUUUUCAACUUAUAAUCUGGCAACACUAAAUUCUGUGCUUUUUAUAAUUGUACUUCUAGUCCUCUGUCAAAACUGUCUGUAUGUCUGUAGUUCCUACAUGCUGAAAAAAGAAAAGUUACCCAGAACUGACAUUCCCAUGAACUAUGAAUAUGACAGAACAUAGAGUACUAUGCAGUGAGAGACCACCCUUUAUUCAAUCAUGUAUUUAAGUAUUUAUUUCUUUGUUUCUUUCUUUCUUGCUUUCUUUCUUUCUUUCUAGUCAAAACAACCUUUAAUGGACCAAGUUUUUCAUUCAUUUUCAGGAGAUCAUUUUGAAGAGAUUAGAUAUAAUCCACUUGCAUAAGGAACAGCAAAGUCUAAGACUAAGGAGUUUAAAAUUAUUAAAUGUAUAGAGAAAAUGGCACUAUUAACAUCCAUGUAAGGCCUGGUAGACCAACAAAACUGUCAUCAUCAGAUAAAGAGUACUUAAAGCUGUAGUCUUUGAGAGAGAGGAGAAAAUCAAAAUCCGAUUUUGCUCCAAAUCUCUAAAAAUCCACAGGUGUUUCUGUCCAUCGUUCCACUGUGAGAAGACAACUCAACACUAUGAGUCUGAAGGGAUUUGUAGCUGUCAAGAAGCCAUUACUGAGGAAAGAAACUAAACAAAAAAGAAUUGCAAAAAAAAAUUUUUGCAAGUCAAACAAAGAAGCUGAUGGUGUUCUCAGAACAGUGGACUGACCACUCCAGAGUCCAGACCUCAACAUCACUCAAUGUGUGGAUCACUUGGAUCAAGAACAGCGGAAAAUGCAACCAGCAUCUAAGACUGAACUUUGGGGGUGUUGAAAAAUAUCCCUGCAGAUUUCUUUGAAAAAUUGAAAGCAAGACUCCUGAAAAGAAUGGAAACUGUAAUAAAGGCAAACAUGGACACUAAACACUGAAAAUUUGAUUAUAUAUUUAGUUUAUAUAUUUAGGCUUCUGUGCCAUUUUCUGUUAAAAACGUUCCCUUCUUUUUUCCCUGUCACUGAAUAAUCGAACAGCUUGUACUUUAUUGCCAUUCUGACUGGAAAUUGUAUACAUUUCCACAGAGACCACAGAGGGUUGUCUCUGACUUUGGCACAGUACUGUCUUACUUGAAACGAAUCAUCUAAUGUGCCUACGGAUGAAGUAAGUCAUUUUCAGUAUGCAAGUAUUCACUUUUUUUUCCCAUAAUUACAUUUUUACAGCUCAACUUUUGUUGACUUUUGCUGAGUCCCUGCAGUGCUAGGAAGCAUGAGUGAUACUUUAUAUACCCUUAUAUUUAAAGAUUUAUAUACAUUGCUAAGUAAAGACCAGUAUGAAUGUUCAGUAAGAUUACAUAUGUGGCACUGAUGUGUAAUCUACAAAGAAAGCUAGAAAAAUAGUAAUUAAAUCAUUUUGUAAUACUAUCAGUUGCUUAAUUAUACCAAAAAUGUGUACAGUAGCAGUUUGCAUGUCCAACUUUGUCCAGUAUCCUCUUUCCCUUAUUUUGCCAGAGUAUAACAAAAGGAAAGUUUCAUUUCAUUGAAAGUAUGAACUCCUGUUGUGCUUGGUGUACCGAAACUCACAGAAACUUAGAAAUCAGGUCAGUGAAGAUCGCUAUGCCUCAGUGUCACUCCCAGAGUAUCUUCAAGUGGCCAUUAAUGCUAGCAGACCAUGAUUGUUAUUGAGAUGAAUUGAAGUAUAGCUGCUGACUGUCCAUUCUUCAUUCUGUUGCAACAUAUAUGUAUAAAAGCUAAUAUAGUCUGUAUGGAAUGCUGUAGGUUUGCACUGCCAGAGCAUGUGUCUCUGUUCUGGUUUUGCGCUCUGAGAUGGAACUGCUUUCAUUUCCUCUUAUCAGUAAGUGGGAGACAUUUCAUGUACAGAAUGUAUUGAAGAUUAAAGACACGUUAUUUAAGAUAGCUGUGGAUUCAAGUUUAACUCAAGCCCACAAUGAGUGCUUUCUGUUUGAGAAAUGUCUGUCCUAAUCUGUCCUAUGAAACCUGCCAAGGUACAAGAUAUUUCUUAGAGUGUGAGACACUCUUAAAAAUAAAAAUGCUGCUCAAGUUUUUGUAUAGUUAUCUGGCCUGCUUUUGCACAGCCACCAGUUUCAAAAUGCUUUGUUUGCUAGAGUUUGAAACUGACCUGAAUGUUUCUGCCCUUUGUGUUUGUUUUCCCAUGUGUUUGAAUGUACAGUUCCAGUGUCACAAAGCCAAAACGUCCAGCAAAAGACCUUAACCUCCGUCUCUUUAAGAUGUUUUGUUAUUCUUAAAGAAUACUUCUACCAUUGCUUUGUCAAAUUUCAAUGUUUUGAUCUAAAAGCUUCUAAAAGACCUGGUGCUGUAAAAAUGUCUGGUCUUUAUUAUGACAUUACUAUCUUUUUCAAUAUUAGUUUGGGAUCAUUUUGUAUAAGAGGUAAAUCUGUAGAAGUGAUCUUUUUU